AUGCUAGGCCCCCUUGUGGCCCUUUUGCUGCUGCAGGCGGCCUUGGGGGCUCCUGCUGCUGCAGCUCCGAGGUCACCUCGCGCCCCGGAUGUUCGCGAGGUUGCUGCUCGGGUUAUGGAGGGUUUGGAGCAGCGAACUGGGGCCUCGCCCACGCCUGAGGCAGUGCUGAAGCUGCUGCUGCACCUGCAGCAGCAGCAGCAGCAGCAGCAGCUGCAGCAGAUGGGCAUUGAGCCCAGCCGCCUCACUGCGGAAAUAGCCGCCAUUGCCUUCGGCCUGCAGCAGCAGCAGCAGCAGCAGCAGCAGCAGCAGCAGCAGCAGACCUCUGAAAUAGAAAGGCUUGCUGCUGCAGCAGCCACGGGACUCAUCAGCAAAGGUCUUGCUGCUUCUCUUGGCAGCCAGCAGCUAGAUGACGUGCUGCAGCUGCUGCAGCAGCAAAUUAGCACAAGGGGGCUAAACCCUGCGCAGCUCAGGGAAGCAAUUGUUAAGAGAAUUGACCAGUACAACGAGCAGCAGCAGCAGCAGCAGCAGCAGCAGCAGCAGCAGCAGCAGCAGCAGCAGCAGCAGCAGCAGCAGGAGUACCAGGAAAAGUACCAGCAACCGCAGCAGCAGCAGCAGCAGGAGUACCGGGAAAAAUACCAGCAACCGCAGCAGCAGCAGCAGCAGGAGUACCAGCAAAAGUACCAGCAGCCUCAGCAGCAGCAGCAGCAGGAGUACCAGCAAAAGUACCAGCAGCCGCAGCAGCAGCAGCAGCAGGAAUACCAGCAAAAGUACCAGCGGCCGCAGCAGCAGCAGCAGCAGGAAUACCAACAAAAGUACCAGCAGCCGCAGCAGCAGCAGCAGCAGGAGUACCAGCAAAAGUACCAGCAGCAGCAGCAGCAGGAGUACCAGCAAAAGUACCAGCAGCCGCAGCAGCAACAGCAGCAGGAGUACCAGCAAAAGUACCAGCAGCAGCAGCAGCAGCAGCAGCAGGAACAGGAGCAGGAGCCACAGCCCCGUGAGCAGCCGCAAGAGGAAUCGGAGCAGCAGCAGCCGGAGCAGCAGCAGGAGCAGCAACAGCAGCCUGACGUGGAGCAGAAGCAGCAGCAGCCUGCUGAGCAGCAGCAACAGGAGCCUGAGCAGCAGCAGCAGCAGCAGCAAUCUGAAGAGCAGCAGCACCAGACGCCUGAACAGCAGCAGCAACCUGAAGAGCAGCAGCAGCAGCAGAACGCUUCUGAAGGGCAGCAGCAACAGGAGCCUGAACAGCAGCAGCAGCAGCAGGAGCCUGAACAGCAGCGGGAGGAAUCUGAACAGCAGCAGCAGCAGCAGGAGCCUAAGAAGCAGGAGGAGCCUGAGCAGCAGCAGCAGCAGCAAGAGCAGCAGGAGCAGCAGCAUCAUGAGCAGCAGCAGGAACAGCAGCAGGAGCAGCAUCAAGAGCAGCAGCAGGAGCCUGAGCAGCAGCAGCGGGAGAAACAGCAGCAGUCUGAGCAGCAGCAGCCUGAGCAGCAGCGCAAACAGCAGCAGCCUCAAGAGCAGCAGCAGCAGCAGCAGCAGCAGCAGCAGCAGAAAACACCUGCAAUGCACCAGAAGUAUGAAGACUCCGUACAAAGAGCUGAACGGGCAGCAGCAGCUGCUGCUGCAAGCGCGGCUGCUGCUGCUGCAGCAGCAACGAGUGCUGCAGAAGCUGCCGCAGCAGCAGCAAAGGCAACUGGCGCUCACUCCCAGCAUGCAGCAGCAGCAGCUGCUGCUGCAGCAGCUGCAGAUGAGGCAUCUGCUGCUGCAAGGGAAGCAGCAGGAGCAGCAGCAGAGAUCCUGGCGAGUUCAGCAGCAGCAGAGGAGGGGGCAGCAGCAGCUGUAGCACCACGAAAUGCAGCAGCAGCAGCAGCAGCGCAGGGUGCAGCAAACAAAGCAGUAGCGCCAAAAGCAGCAGCAGCAGCAGCAGAAAGCCCUAAUCCUGCUGCAGCAGCUGAAGGAGAGGCUCUAGCAGCACCAGCAGCAGCACAGCCAUCUCAAGGAGCAGCAGCAGCAGCACCAGCAGCCCCCAAAGCCGCAGCAGCAGCACCAGCAGCAGCAGCAGCAGCACGGGCGCCAGCAGCAGUACCGGCCGCAGCAGCAAAGCGUGCACCCGCAGCAGCAGCACGGGCGCCCGCAGUAGCAGCAGCACGGGCAGCAGCAGCUCCCGCAGCAGCAGCAGCAGCAGCAGCAGCAGGACGGUCCCCAGCCGCCGGAGCAGCGCGAGGCCCCGCAGCAAAGCCGGCAGCUGCUGCAGCAGCAGGCGCACGCGGCGGAGCAGCAGCAGCAGCCCCCCCCGCAGCAGCAGCAGCAGCGCCCCCAGCAGCAGCAGCAGCAGCAGCAGCAGCAGCAGCAGCAGCAGCAAACGGGAACUCGCAGGACUGCCUGCGAUUCGGCAGCGACAGCGUGGGCAAAGACAUCCGGAAAAUAGAAGAUGGAUCUGUGGGGUCUGUUGCUGCUUGUGCUGCUGCUUGUGCUGCUGUGCUGCGCUGCAGCAGCUACACCUUCAACCUGCGCCGCAGCUGGUGCUACUUGAAAGAGCAGCAGCAGCCAGCAGCAGCAGCAGCAGCAGCAGCAGCAGCAGUUUUCAAGCCGCAGCCUUCUUACUCGGAGCCUUUGGUCUCAGGCUUGAGGAGCUGCCAGCCUGCUGCAGCAGCAGCCACCAGGCGCCUGCAGCAGCAGCAGCAGCAGCAGCAGCAGCAGCAGCAGCAGCAGCGGGGGGCCCCCGAGGAGAACGCAGAGAACAGCGGCGUGCUCCCCUCAACUGCGGAAGAGCUGCUGCAGGGACUGCAGCAGCAGCAAACCGAACUGCAGCAGCAGGGGGGCCCCCCGCGGAGCGCAGCAGCAGCGCCCCCGAGCCGCGGGGGCCCCCCAGAAGAGCCCCCAGCAGCAGCAGCAGCAGCAGCAGCAGCAGCAGCAGCAGCGGCAGCAGCGGGGGAGGCCCCGAGCGCGCGGGGCCUCCAGUACGGCUGGGGGCCCCCAGGGUACUGGGGGGGGGCCCCCGGGGGCCCCGGAUGGGGGGGCCCCCUCCAAAGACUUCACCAACUUGUAGACCAUCCUUUGAAGACUGUGGGGGGCCUCGUGGCUGAUGACCUUUUGGGUUUGAGUCCCCCGCCCCUGGGCAGCAACAUGGGGGGCCCCUACUACGGGGGCCCCCCGGGGGGCCCCUACGGGGGGCCCCCCGGGGGCCCCUUCAGGGCUGCUGCUGCUGCAGACCAGGGUUUUCUGGGGGCCCGACGCAGACUUGCACAUGCACAACAGGGGGGCCCCCCGGGGGCCCCCUUUGACUGCCUUUUGGGGGAGUGCUGA